CCUCCGCCGGCCAAUGGCGGAGGCGCCGGAGUCCCCCCGCUCGCGGCUCUCGCCGCCUCUGCGAGUGCGGGAGGCACGAAGCAGCGCAGCGUCCAGCUCGCUAGAGCGAGAGGCGGCGGGCUCUGGCUGGCCCGGGCUCCGCCGCAGCGCAGCCCCUCACCUCUCGCGGCGGCCGCUAAAAGCUUUGCUGGGCUCAUUCUUCUCCCGGCCGCUUGGGUCGCGCCGGCUGCUGCCUAGAGUCGCCUCCAGCUCCCCCUGCUUGGGGGUGAGGGAGGCUCCGGGGGCUGUACCGCCUGCCUCCUCCUGGUGCUUCGGUGGCGGCUUUGCAGACCGGCUUGAGAGGGCAGCGGAGAGAGGGGGGAGCCUGGCACCGGCCACUCGUCCCGUCCCAGGAGCAGCUGCAUGCAGCAGGUCUAGGGGAAGUGGAGGCAGCGCCGGCAUGUCCCUGGAGUGCACCUGGAGGAAAAUGACAGGAAAAGAAAUUAUAUAUAACGUGAAAAUAUUUGGCUGGAUGCCACUGGAAUGCCCUGUGUCCUACACUUUGAGUUCCACGGGAGGACCUCCUCUCUUGCCAAUUUUAGACUAUACCUUUUCUAAAGCUUGCUGAAGAUAGACAUAUGUGCUGCAAUGGUGACAUAAAUUAUUAAGCAGGACUGGAACAAGUUGUUGAAAAGUUGUGGUUUUUUUUAAUGCUGCUGCUGUUGGAAGCAAUCUAAGGCAAGUAUACAACAUGAGUUUUAUCAUGAAACUUCACAGACAUUUUCAAAGAACAGUUAUCUUGCUUGCCACUUUUUGUAUGGUGAGCAUUGUUAUUUCUGCUUACUAUUUGUAUAAUGGCUACAAACAGGAAAAUGAACUUUCUGAGAUCUCUUCAGAAGUGGAAUGUGGUGAUCUUCAGUUGUUGCCAUACAAGUUAAUGGAACUGAAGACAGUGAAGCCCAUUGAUCCCAUGAGGACUGAUCCCGUAGCGCUGGUGUUUGUGGAAAGCCAAUACUCAACACUCGGUCAAGAUAUAAUAACAAUUCUAGAAUCCAGCAGAUUUCAGUAUCACAUAGAGAUUGCUCCUGUGAAAGGUGAUCUUCCAGUGCUUGUAGACAAAAAUAAAGGCAAAUAUGUUCUCAUUGUAUAUGAAAAUAUUUUAAAGUAUGUGAAUAUGGACUCAUGGAACAAAGGCCUUCUAGAUAAAUACUGUAUUGAAUAUGGUGUGGGUGUCAUUGGAUUCCAUAAGGGCAGCGAGAACAGCUUGCAGAGUAUUCAGUUUAAGGGCUUUCCUUUCCAUGUUCAUGGCAAUCUGGGUGUUAAGGACUGUUGUGUUAACCCUCAUUCCCCAUUGCUUCAUGUAACUAAAUCCUCUAAGCUUGAUAAAGGUCCCUUGCCUGGAAAUGACUGGACAGUUUUCCAGAUUAAUCAUUCAGCCUAUCAGCCAGUGAUAUUUGCAAAAAUAAAGACUACAGAAAACCUGCCACUACCCAUCACUAAAAAUGCUCUCCAUGCCACAGUAGUUCAUGACUUGGGGCUUCAUGAUGGGAUUCAGAGAGUUCUCUUCGGCAGCAACUUGAACUUUUGGCUGCACAAGCUGAUCUUUAUAGAUGCCGUCUCUUUCCUGUCUGGGAAAAAGCUCACAUUGUCCUUGGAUAGGUACAUUCUUGUUGACAUAGAUGACAUCUUUGUUGGGAAAGAAGGAACAAGGAUGAAUGUCAAUGAUGUGCAGGCCCUGCUUGAUACGCAGAAUCUUUUGAGAGCUCAGAUUACAAAUUUUACUUUCAACCUGGGAUUUUCAGGGAAAUUUUACCACACAGGAACUGAAGAGGAGGAUGAAGGCGAUGACCUGUUGUUGGGGUCUGUGGAUGAGUUCUGGUGGUUUCCCCAUAUGUGGAGUCACAUGCAGCCUCAUCUCUUCCAUAAUGAGUCGUCACUGGUGGAACAGAUGAUUCUCAACAAAAAAUUUGCCUUAGAACAUGGCAUUCCAACUGACAUGGGCUAUGCGGUAGCUCCGCACCACUCCGGGGUUUACCCUGUACAUGUUCAGCUUUAUGAGGCCUGGAAAAAGGUCUGGAAUAUCAAAAUCACCAGCACAGAAGAGUAUCCACAUCUAAAACCAGCACGGUACAGACGGGGCUUCAUCCACAAAAAUAUCAUGGUCCUUCCUCGGCAAACCUGUGGUCUGUUCACUCAUACAAUUUUCUAUAAGGAGUAUCCUGGGGGUCCAAAAGAACUAGACAAGAGUAUCCAGGGAGGGGAGUUGUUUUUCACAGUUGUUCUCAAUCCAAUCAGCAUCUUCAUGACCCAUUUGUCCAACUAUGGGAAUGAUCGCCUGGGGUUGUAUACCUUUGUGAAUCUAGCCAACUUUGUUCAGAGCUGGACCAACCUGAAACUGCAAACUCUGCCUCCAGUCCAGCUGGCUCACAAGUACUUUGAGCUCUUUCCUGAGCAGAAGGACCCUCUCUGGCAGAAUCCCUGUGAUGACAAACGGCACAGAGAUAUCUGGUCUAAAGAAAAAACCUGUGAUCGAUUACCAAAAUUCCUGGUUAUAGGACCUCAGAAAACUGGUACCACAGCUUUGUAUUUGUUCCUGAUUAUGCAUCCUUCCAUCAUUAGUAACUCCCCCAGCCCAAAAACCUUUGAGGAGGUACAGUUCUUUAAUAGAAAUAACUACCACAGGGGGAUUGAUUGGUAUAUGGAUUUCUUCCCUGUACCAUCCAAUGUCACCACCGACUUUCUCUUUGAAAAAAGUGCCAACUACUUCCAUUCUGAGGAAGCUCCCAAACGAGCAGCUUCCCUGAUCCCUAAGGCCAAGAUCAUCACCAUUCUCAUCGACCCAUCAGACCGGGCAUACUCCUGGUAUCAGCAUCAGAGAUCUCAUGAAGACCCUGCAGCUCUAAAAUUUAGCUUCUAUCAGGUGAUCACAGCUGGACCUCGAGCCCCAUCAGAGCUUAGAGCUCUACAGAAGAGAUGUCUAGUACCUGGAUGGUAUGCCACCCAUAUAGAAAGAUGGCUAACUUAUUUCCCAACUUACCAGUUGCUAAUUAUUGAUGGACAGCAGCUGAGAACUGACCCAGCUACUGUGAUGGAUGAAGUGCAGAAGUUUCUGGGAGUCUUGCCUCAUUAUAAUUACUCUGAAGCUCUAACGUUUGAUUCACAUAAAGGUUUCUGGUGUCAACUCCUGGAAGAAGGAAAAAUCAAGUGUCUUGGAAAGAGCAAAGGCAGAAAAUACCCUCCUAUGGAUUCAGAGUGCAGGACUUUUCUGUCAAGCUACUACAGAGAUCACAAUGUGGAACUGUCAAAACUCCUGCACAAAUUGGGACAACCCCUGCCAUCUUGGCUGAGACAGGAACUACAGAAAGUGAGAUAGCAUUGAGAGAAAGCUUCUUGAAAUCUCUCUUCCACACUUCAGUCAUCUUACCUAAAGCCUUCAAUAGCUACCAGGAGGCAGGUGUAAAAUAUACCUCUUCAAAAGAGAAUUAAAGAAUGAAGUUCUUUCCAUAUGCUGGCAUGUGGACUGUGAAAAUGUGUGUGUGUCUUUUAGAACUCUGGAGGCCUGCAGGCUUUCUCUUCGCCAUUCCUGGGCCUGUGGAAUUGUUGUAAACUACUGUGCGCACAUGUGGAAGUCAAUAGCAACUGGUAUAAGCUUUAAAAGCAAAGCUACAUAAUUGUCCAAUUUCAUAGUAAACAUUUAUACUUUUAUAUUCAAACUUAGGAUGUUGUGUCUCAUGUAAGUUUUGUAGCCCAUUGUUUGCCUGCUCAUGGUUUUUCAUACUUUUUGAUUAUUAUGAUGUGUCUUAUACAAAACUAAGAAAACCCUGUAUAACAUACAAUGACCAAGUGUACUCCUGCCUUUGGCAUCUGCUUACCAAAUUUUGAACUUAAAAUAAAUGACCACAGUUGAGGAGUACAAACACAUGUUGCUUAGGUGUAAACAACAGGACAGAAUAUGUAUUGUGAGCCAAAUCCUGAAGCCACAGGUAAAACACUGUAGCAAGAAAUAAUGUAAGAAAUAUGGCCCUGCUCUGUGAGGAGGAAACCACAGUGUGCUGUGGAUCCCUUCAAGUUUAGAAUCUAUGAUUUUAAAUACUGCACCUCCAUACACAGUCCGCUGAAACAGCAACACAAAGGAAUAUAGAGUAUUCUGAAUAGAGACUACUCUAUGUUAAAGAAGAAAUCUAAUUAGAUAUAUGAAGCACAACGUUAAAAAAAGAAAUGUACAUUGUAAUAAUCUGAGUGUUAAACUUAUGACUGUGACCCAAACCAUAGCAAUGCAAUGAACAAAUGAUCUGAGUAGAUCUGUCACACCUAGCUGCUGUGAGUUGCAAGUUGUAGAGCCUAGAUUCUGAUCUCACAGUUCUGUAAAUGAGGAAUAACUCCAGUGAAAUCAGUAGACUUGUAUCUGAAAAACUGGUGUGAGAACAGUAACAGACCUAUAUUAAGAUUGCCUUAAUUUACAAUUUAUCUUGUCCUGGUUUUUGGUAUGUUGAAUUUUAUGUAUUUAUUUGAUGUGUGUUUCCCAAAACUCUCCUUAUACUGACUGAAAAGAGGUGGCAUCUCUCAAUGCCUUCCAAUUUAAUACAUUCAAGUUUCAAAAACGCACUUGCUUUCCCAAGGGAGAUAUAUUUUUAAAAGUUUUGUAAUUAAAUAAAUGAGUAAGUUAAAUAAAAAUUAAUACAGUGUGCAGUCAUGAUAUAGAAUUAGGCUCCAGUACUGCAAACACUUAAGUAUAUGUUUAAGUUUACACAGUGUGAGUACUCUCAGUUAAACAGGGCGUAAUUAUGAAUGCUUCUAAAAAUUAGGAAAGGGAUCAUUAAAAAUAUGAGCCAAAUUUAGCCCUCAUGUUACUCCACUGAAAUAUGUCUCUGUGUGUUUUAAAAAUGCAUUGACAGCUAAUGAAUAAAGAUCCAAAGUCAAAAAAUGGGCAUGCUCCCUCUAUAUACUAUUGUUCCACAUUAGAUGCUUGGUUCUGUAACUACAUUCCCAAUAUCUGCUUUAAAGUGGGCAAUUAAAAAGUACAUCAAAUGGUGGAAAGCUUUUCUAUGUACUGUUUAUCAUAAACUGCACAAUUUAAUUUUUAUGAUAAUGGGAUGGAAACCAGUUUAUUGUUCACUAAAUAGAAAACAGAUAUUGAGAUCUUUAUUGUAAUUCUAACUUGUAACUUUUUUUUACUCGUGGACUUUGUUUUUGUAAUACAUGAUUUUGAUAGGCCUGUAAAGAAAAAUAUCAAGGCAAAUUUGCUGUGUAUAAAGAUAUACAUUACUCAGCACAUUAUUGCAUAAAGGAGUGUGCAUGAUUAACCACAAGGAUCUAGUAGAGUAGACAUUCUACAAGUUGAACAUCAUAAUUAUUUAUAGAAUGAAAAAAAUCUUAUUUCAUUUACUGUCAUGUGCAUUAGGUCCAAAAUUUGACUUGUCUUAAAAUUCUUUUAAUCUAGUAAAAGAUACCCUCUGGACUCUGAAUAACUACAAAAGAAAAAUCCUUCGCAUGUGUAAACAAUUGACGUGACCUGCAAAUGUCUAUAUGGAUAACAACUAAGAUGUUAAUGUGAAUCAUAGGGGAAGACACCUACGGUGAUGCUCUAGUAGCCCCACUGACUUCAAUAGAGUCCUUUCAUCCUUAGCGUACAAUGGAUACACCAUCACCAAAACAUUAAAAAGAAAACACCACUAUUUGUAGGAACUGCACAAAACUUGUGUUUUGUGCUCUGGUGCUACAAUUACUCUGCUCUCUUUAAAGCAGCAAUUACAUAAGCAUUUUGGGACCAGAUCAUGCCCCCAAGAUUGCUAUGCAUGGAGGACAGGGAACCUCUUUGCACAGAUGUCAACCCUCCUCUGUGCUAUAGGGAUGGCACUCACACACAUUAAUAUCACAGCCUUUUCUUUCUAGGACCACAAAGGGCUCUCUGUCUGGUCUAGAUCUGGGAGGGGGUCGAGGGGAGAGGGUAAGCAGUGGCCAUCAUGAGGAUUUGUGGCAGCCUCAGGUUGGAUGGGGCUUGGGUGUGGACUGGAAUAUGCAGAUUACCUUUCUUCUAGUCCCAGGUAUUUUAUACAAAUAAAGUAAUAUAUUCUAGAGCUGUAGACCCUAUUCUGCAGAGCUUCCUGAUGGGAUGUGGGAAGGAAUGCCUCUCUUAAAUGGGGAUCCUUUGGCAGCCAUGGCCAGGCAAAUAGCUGGUAGUAAAGCUCCAUUUCAUCCAUAUUAUCAGGGAGUGUGGGGACUGUCAAGGGCACAGAGCACAGGAUCUCCACAUUGAUUUCAGUGGGCGUUCUGAUGAGUAAUAAUAUAAACAAAAGUAUUUGGCCUUUUGUCCUCAGAAUUGUGCAUUGCACAGGGCCUGAUCCUGAAAUCCUUAUUGUUCAAAACUCCUAUUUUGACAAUGCCUGAGAAAAGUCUGCAGGAUCAAGCUCUUUAGCAUUAGCAUCUCCAGAUAGCGUUAACUUCUCGUGCAAGUUAAUAUUAUUGAGACACUUAAAAACAAUGGAUAAUAAAGGCAAAUUGAUAGUGUUCUUUGAGUUUACAAAGGUAUUUACUGCUCUGAUUUGCAAAUAUAUUUGGGGCUGAAAUUUUUUAUAUGAGCCCUAAAAGGGAAUAAAUGCACCUACCCAUAGUUUUUCCUUUGAAAUAUUAUGUUAAAAUAUGUUUUAAAAUAUUCAGCAAAAGCAUGUAAAAAAAAGUAAAAACAACAUUUAUUCAGGACCAGCCAGGUUAGUUAUGAACAAGGAGUCUAAGCAAGGUAUGCAGACUCCAGACUUUAUCUCCAAUAGCUGGAAUCUGAAAAUAAUGGGAUACACAUGAGUAAAGCUCAGCAAGCAAUUCAUAAAAAAUUAUUUAUUUGACCAAGUUUAGCUUAUUUUAAGCUCAUCGCUUAUCUACAAGCAGACUGCAGUGUCUUAAAAUUCAUUUUCAUAAAUAUCCUACCAACUUUAAUGGGGUUUUUUUAAUUUACAGAUUGAUUGUGAAACAUGUAUUGCAAGUAAUUGAUAGGUUGAGCUAAUUAGUUGUGAUUGAUCAGAUAAGGCAUGUGGUAUGUUUUCCUGUUCCCUGCUUAGAUGAGUGUGCAAGGAAUUCCUUCACAAAUACUUGUCUGUGUGGAGUUUAACUUGUUUUCUGCAAAUACUCAUACAUUUGACUUUGAAAUUUGCUUUCCACAAACAUCUGUGGCAGUAAAAUGCAAUGCAGGAUUGUUUGCAGAAAGUGAACAUAAAGGGGCAUAAAUAUAGGUGAUGUAAAUUCAUUUGCUGUUUCAAUAAACAUUUAUGAAAGUGCUACAGUAUUUUCCCAGCUCCACAUUUGAGAAAAGAAUGAAUUUAACUGAUUUGCAGGCUACCUUGUACAGAAUACCCUUUUCCUUUGCUUAAAAAUGUGAAACUUCCUCAGGAAGAAAUUAAAUAGAUAUUUCAGUGUUUAUAGACAUAAUAUUCUUGUCAUUCACAUUGAAUGAAAAUUUCUGGAAACAUUUUUCUCAACUUUUUUAAAAUUAAAAAAACAAUAUUCUGCUAGUGGCAUGAUAUCUGAUGUGCAACAAUAAAC